AUCAUUAAGCAAUUCACUUCUUUCUAUGAAAUAAACGAUUAAAUUCGUUUCGAAUGUAUUUAUUUAUAAAAAUACAAUGAAUGAAGGGUCCAGUGUCCCAGUAAAACACAGAGAAAACCAAUUUUUUGAAAUUGGCGUUGUGGGCAGGAAAACUGGAUUCACUGUUCCUCAAGAUGUCAAAAAGGGAGCUGAUGGUUUUGAUGACAUGGACGCGUAUUUCUUGUCGGAUGGGUCAAUUCAUCUAGAAGAUGAACAGGAUGAACCAUCUAAUCAAGAAAUCGCCCAAAAACGCACUGCACCGCUUGUUUCUCCUGAUGUUAAUGAACAAAAUCACGAUUCACCUGUUAAUCCUCAUUCAGAUUCCUUCCAGGAACGAGAAAAUGAACCUCCAUCUUCACCGUUACUGAUGAACUCUAAAGCCUUGAGAGCUAGUCGUGAAUUUUCUGCGCCAUUAAUGGCUUCAAAAUCGCCUACUCGUUCUUCUCACUUAUUUGAUGAACCUAAUGAUCUUAAGUAUACACCUAACAAUACUGACCUAUCUUACCAAAAGAAAAACAAUAAAGUAGUAGAUUUUUCAAGGAUGAAGCUCUCUCCCGAUAAAAACAACUUCGAACCUAGGAGAAGUUCCGAGUUCCCUAACCGAUCAGCUCCUUCAAAUAGCAAUCCAUCUUCAUCUGAAUUUUCCUUCAGAGAAAAACUACCUGUUAGUAAACAAGUUAAGGAAUUAAGGAAACCAAAAGCUUGGAAUUCUCCAAAGAAAGGAUCUGAAGUAGAUGAGAUUCGCAUCCGACCUACACAUAAAGCGCUACUACCGACUUCACCUUUGAAACCCCAAGCACAAACGACCCGCCAAACCAUAAAUGAUAUAAUCAAGGAAACAACACCCUUGCCUUCACCUCAACCAGAGUCAGAUUCUUCGGAUGUUCCGAUCUCUCAAAUACCCCGGUCUUCAGAAAAAGCUACCAAAGUGAAUAAAGAUCAACAGAAUGUACAACCCGAAGGAAAUAAUACAGAAAAAGCAAUCAAAAGACGAGGAAGACCACGGAAACAAAAAUAUGAAGCCGAAAAGGAUGUCGGUAAACCAAUUGAAGAAAAAGUUGAAAAAGAAAUACCAGAAGAUAAGAAACGACGAAGAGGAAGACCAAAAAAGAAAGAUUUACCACCUAAACAAGAGAAAGAAUAUGUUCAAGAAGAAGUACAAGAUGUACUUAAUGAUGAGCCUCGGAAUGAGAAGCAUGAAAAUAUUGCUGAGGGUUUGCGACGAUCCAAUCGUACCAGGAUAGCUCCAUUAGCCUUUUGGAAAAAUGAACGCGUCGUUUAUGAGCUCCAAAAAAACAAAACGGAAACACCAGCCUUACCAGAAGUGAAAGGUGUUAUUCGUAUUGACGAUCCUACCACGCAAAAAAGGAAAAGGAAAAAGGUUCGAUCUGAAGGGCGCAAACAAGGAACAAAAGAGCCAUCACCGCCAGCCCCAAUGGAAGAAGAUGGUAACGAGUCGGGUCCGUUUGAUGAAGAAGUGAAUUGUCCGGUAUUGUCUUGGAAUCAGAAAAACCAGAAAUCCUCAGAAGCAAGAACAAUUGGAUAUGCCUUACCAUCCGUUAAAUUAUAUCAAAUUCGAAAUCAACAGACCAAAUUUGCGAGUUUAUUCAGCGAUCCAAAUUUUUUUGGAGCAGGGAUCCUGGAACUUCCUGUUGGCUCAGAAAAACCCGUGAAACCAUCCAAACAUAACCUCAUGUCCUUUUGUAUUCUACAAGGCUAUUUAGAAAUUAUGGUUAAUACGACAACAUUCAGAAUGAGAAGGGAAGGAGUAUUUAUUGUUCCUAGAGGGAAUUAUUAUAGCAUAAAAAAUAUCGGUCAUGAUGUUGCUCGUUUAUAUUAUACACAAGCGGCCGAUACGCUGGACGACGAAAGACGGUAUAAUAAGGAACCUGCUGUUAAAUAAUCUCCCGGGGGAGUAAUCUUGUAUAUAAUGUGUAUAUAUUAUCAUUUAAUUAGACAUUUGUUU